GAUUGGCCGUCCCCCACAUAAAGCAUUGGGCAGGGGGCUCAGAUUUAGUAAGGGCUGUGUAGAGUAAGAGAAGGAAAGACCUAUGGAGCUAAUGGGGGAGUCAAAGUUGGUUAUGGACAUACUGGAUGAUGGCCUGGAUCUCUUCUCCUCUUUCUUUCCCCCACUCUCUCCUCCUUCUGAUCCAGAGAUUCCGCUCCUCCCUUCUUUCUCAGCACCUCCAAAGCACUUGAGCCUCUCAUCCCUUCGCUACAAGACAGAACUGUGCACCAGAUAUGCAGAGAGUGGAUUCUGUGCCUACAGGAAUCGCUGCCAGUUUGCCCAUGGUCUAAGUGAGCUCAGGCCUCCAGUUCAGCACCCUAAAUACAAGACAGAACUGUGUCGCUCCUUCCACGUCCUUGGUACCUGUAACUAUGGAUUGCGUUGUUUGUUCAUUCACAGCCCACAGGAGAGAAGGGAGCCUCCAGUCUCCCCUGAUGCCCCUGGUCUUCCAACACGCAGGUAUGCUGGCCCCUAUAGGGAGCAAUGCCGCCUCUGGCGCUCACCUGGUGGCUGUCCUUAUGGAGCUCGGUGCCACUUUCAGCAUCCAAAAGGUUUCAGAGAGGCUUGCCGUCACUUUGCUGCUCAUGGAGACUGUCCAUAUGGAGCCCGUUGCCACUUCUCUCAUAGCCCUCCCCUUGACAGGUGGGGUUCAGGAACAAAGAACAGCAGUGGGUCCCUCUCACCUUCAGAUCCAGACCCAGAUAGUGACCCUGGCACUCCUGUCCUUUCAGAAUCUCCUGCUAACAAUGCCUUCAGUUUCUCAAAUCUCCUCCUACCUCUUGCCCUGCGUCUGCAGAUUUUGGGAGAUGAGGAAGAAUUGCCAACUGCUACUGACCCACUGCCUGGAGAUGAUGCUGACCUGCUGCCUGGAGACAAAGAAAUUGCCCAGGGUCUACUUUCUGUUCUCGGCUAACUUUUUAUGAAUUACUUUCACAAUGACCCCUCCUCUGGCAUAGGUUUAACAUGCAUAGCAUGUUGCUUUUUUUUAUGUGCCAGCAGUGAGAAGAACACUUUUAUUUACAGCUUUUUAUGGCUCUGCUGUAUAACCUUUAUUUAUUGCUCGCAUAGCUGCAGUUAUAAUAUUUUAAUAUUGGCUUGCUUUUUUCCUAUUGAACAAUAUGGUUUUAUGUUACUAAUUAAAAUUAUGAUUUUUAACUAAAUCUA